CGCUUCUGCUCCCGAAGGGGCUCGACGGUGCCGCGUUUCGGGACUUGAUUCCGAACCGUGGCCGAGGCCCGAUUAGCCCGUCCGACAGAGCUCGGGCACUUUCGGACAGGAGGAAGCAGAGAGCCGAGGCUCGCUCGUGAGGAUCCCUGCUCGGGAGCGUUCGGCUCCGCUCGGCUCCUCCUCGGGCGGGCUCGGCUCCCGCGGGCGGCGGGUGCAGGCAGAGCCUGCAGCGCAAGGUUCUCUAGGCCGGGUCGCGCUGCGUCGGAGGCCGGCGGAGUCGGUCUCACAGUAGGGGACCCUGUUGUCUGGGGACCACGGCCGGCGCGGCCUUCUAGGCCCUGAGGAGGGCUAGCGCAGAGCCUCUCGGAAACCCUCGUGCGGCCUCGGACCAAUUCGGACCGACUCGGCUCCGCACUUCGGACCACUUCGGCCCCCCUCGUUUCCGGACUCUAGGCCUCGGCUCGGCUCGACUCGACAGGGCCUCUUCGUGCUGGUUCGGCCCCUGUUCGGGCAGCCCCGGCUCGGCUUGGCGGCCGGCUUCGGGCGGGCUCGGCUCAGCUCGGCUCGGUUCGGGCAGCCCUCCUCGGUCGAGCUCGGCCCGGCUCGGCCCGGCUCGGGCGGCCUCCUCGGGCAGCGCGCUUCGGGCUCCGUCCCGGCCUUCGGGCGGCCCCGGCCGGCGCCUUCGGGCGGGCUCGGCGGUGUCCGGAUGGAGGACUCGGACUCGGCCGCCAAGCAGCUGGGCCUGGCCGAGGCGGCGGCGGUGGCGGCCGCGGCCGCUGUGGCGGCGGCGGCCGCGGCCGCGGCGGGAGGCGAGGCGGAGGAGCCGGUGCUCAGCAGGGACGAGGACUCGGAGGAGGACGGAGACUCGGAGGCGGAGCGUGAGACGCGGCGGGUGACGGCCGUGGCGGUGAUGGCCGCCGAGCCCGGGCACAUGGACAUGGGCGCCGAGGCCCUGCCCGGCCCCGACGAGGCCGCCGCGGCCGCCGCCUUCGCAGAGGUGACCACCGUGACAGUGGCCAACGUGGGCGCCUCGGCGGACAACGUCUUCACCACGUCGGUGGCGAACGCCGCCUCGCUCUCGGGCCACGUGCUGUCGGGCAGGACAGCCCUUCAGAUCGGGGACAGUCUGAACACCGAGAAGGCCACGCUGAUCGUCGUGCACACGGACGGGAGCAUCGUGGAGACUGCCGGGCUGAAGGCACCCGCUGCCCCUCUCACCCCCGGCCCUCAGUCUCCUCCGACUCCUCUGGCUCCCGGCCAAGAGAAAGGUGGAACUAAGUACAACUGGGACCCAUCGGUGUACGACAGUGAGCUGCCUGUGCGCUGUCGGAACAUCAGUGGCACCUUGUAUAAGAGCAGGCUCGGCUCAGGAGGCCGGGGGCGCUGCAUUAAGCAGGGGGAGAACUGGUACAGCCCUACCGAGUUUGAAGCCAUGGCAGGAAGGGCCAGCAGCAAAGACUGGAAGAGAAGCAUCCGCUACGCGGGGCGGCCACUGCAGUGCCUCAUCCAGGACGGGAUCCUAAACCCUCAUGCCGCCUCCUGCACCUGUGCCGCCUGCUGUGAUGACAUGACCCUGAGCGGGCCCGUCAGGCUCUUCGUCCCCUACAAGAGGCGCAAGAAGGAGAGCGAGCUGCCCGCCACGCCCGUCAAGAAGGACGCCCCCAAGAACAUCACCCUGCUUCCCGCCGCAGCCGCCACCACCUUCACCGUGACCCCCUCAGGACAGAUCACUACCUCUGGCGCGCUGACCUUCGACCGGGCGUCCACCGUGGAGGCCACCGCGGUCAUCUCGGAGAGUCCGGCCCAGGGCGACGUCUUCGCGGGAGCCACAGUACAAGAGGCAGGCGUGCAGCCCCCAUGCAGGGUCGGCCACCCGGAGCCCCACUACCCAGGGUAUCAGGACAGCUGUCAGAUCGCACCGUUCCCGGAGGCCGCGUUGCCAACGUCUCAUCCCAAAAUAGUGUUGACAUCCUUGCCUGCCCUGGCGGUGCCGCCCUCCACCCCCACGAAAACCGUGUCUCCCGCUGUGGUCAGUGGGCUGGAGAUGUCGGAACAGCGGAGCUGGCUGUACCUGGAGGAGAUGGUCAAUUCCUUGCUCAGCACCGCGCAGCAGCUGAAGACGUUGUUUGAACAGGCCAAGCAGGCCAGCUCCUACCGAGAAGCCGCCGCGGCCCAGGCCAGAGUCCAGGCGGAUGCAGAGCGGAAAGAGCAGUUCUGUGUCAACUGCGGCCGGGAGGCCCUGAGCGAGUGCACCGGCUGCCACAAGGUCAACUACUGCUCUACCUUCUGCCAGCGCAAGGUUUGUGCUCCUGUGACACGCUGCCCUGAUAAAGGCAUAGGCUUUGGUUUUAUUGGUUGGCCACAAAGUUCCUUCGGUUUUGAAGUAAAAAGAAAAGACACAUUUUUCAUUUUUCCCAACAACUUUAUUGAACAACGUAUUCACCGUUUUGUUCCACUACCUUCUGCCAUUUUUCAGCCAACUUCAUAAUUCCAUCUUCCUAAAAUGUUUAUCUUUUUGAGCAAAGAACUGUUCCAGGUGCCUUUUACAGUCUUCCAGGGAAUUGAAAUUUUUUCCAUUAAGAGAAUUUUGUAAAGACCGAAAUCAAUGAAAUCCGAAGGGGCGCGAUGUGUGGUGAAUACGGCGGAUGAAUCAGAACUUCCCAGCCAAGCUGUAACAGUGUUUGCCUGGUCAUCAAAGAAACACGCUGUCUUGCGUUAUGCUGAUGGAAGAUUAUGCGUUUCCUGUUGACUCAUUCCGGACGCUUUUUGUCGAGUGCUGCUUUCAGUUGGUCUAAUUGGGAGCAGUGCUUGUUGGAAUUAAUCGUUUGGUUUUCUGGAAGGAGCUCAUAAUAGAGAACUCCCUUCCACUCCCACCCGAUACACAACAUCACCUUCUUUGGAUGGAAGACCUGCCUUUAGUGUGGUUGGUGGUGGCUCAUUUCGCUUGCCCCACGAUCUCUUCCGUUCCACAUUAUCGUACAGUAUCCACUUUUCAUUGCCCGUCACAAUUUGUUUUAAAAAUGGAACGUUACCAUUACGUUUAAGUAGAGAAUCGCAUGCGGAAAUACAGUCAAGAAGGUUUUUCUCGCUUAACUUAUGUGGAACCCAGACAUCAAAGCGAUGAACAGAACCAAGCUGAUGCAAAUGAUUUUCAAGGCUUGAUUUGGAUAUUUUGAGUAUGGCGGCUACCUCCCGCGUGGUAUAACAUUGAUUGUUCUCAAUUAUUGUUUCGAUUUGAUGGCUCUCAACUUCAACUGGUCUACCUGACCGCGGAGCAUCGUCCAGCGAGAAAUCUCCAGCACGAAACUUCGCAAACCACUUUUGACACGUUUGAUCAGUUACAGCACCUUCUCCAUACACUGCACAAGUCUUUUUUUUGGGGGUUUCAGCUGCGUUUUUACCUUUCUUGAAA